UAAAACUUAAUCAUACUUGCCAUUCACUCUUCCUUGUAGUUUCUUCACCCUGGAAAACAGUUUUUCUCAAUUUUGAUUAGGGUUUCAAAGAUCAAACUCAACAUGACUGAUACAUUGACAGAAGCUCAGGUUGCUGAGUUCCGGGAGGCCUUUUGUCUCAUCGACAAGGACUCCGAUGGCUACAUCACUAUGGAAGAAUUGGCAACAAUAAUUCAAUCAUUGAACGAAAAUCCCACAAAAGAAGAAGUUCAAGACAUGAUUGUUGAAGUUGAUGCUGAUGGAAGUGGGACAAUAGACUUUGAAGAGUUCUUGAAUAUUAUGGCAAGAAAAAUGAAGGAAAAUGUUGCCGAUGAGCUAAAAGAAGCCUUCAAAGUAUUCGACAGGGAUCAAGAUGGAUAUAUUUCAGCUAAUGAGCUGAGACAAGUAAUGAUAAAUUUGGGGGAGAGACUGACAGUGGAAGAGGCUGAACAAAUGAUUAGAGAGGCUGAUUUAGAUGGUGACGGUCAAGUCAGCUAUGAAGAAUUUGCAAGGAUGAUGAUGCUUAAUUGAUCUUAUUCAAUAAAUUAAAAUGGAAAACUUCCCCAAUUCUUGUCAAUGUCCCAACUUCCUUCCUUUUUUAUUUUUUUUAUUGCAAUACACUGUGCAGUUUUUUUUUGGGGGGUGGGGGGUUGGUUGAGGGGGGUAAAUAAAUAGAAUAUGGUGUUAUUAUACUGAUGAUGACGAAAUAUAGAUGCUGGUAAUUUCCAUCAUGGUUAGCCAGAUAGUCCACACAAAUUUGAAGUUAGAAAUUAGAAUAAACCAUGUUUUGGGUUGCCAGAGUCUAGGCUUCAUUUUUUUACCUUGUAAUAAAAUUGGUACAGAUUAUAUGGUAUACAUCUUCUG